AUGGUUGAAUGUAAUAAUAAAGGUGAGAGACUCAGCGGAGAAGACAAGAUGCUGAUAAAGCGUUCAAACAAAGUUUUGACAAAAUACUCCAAGACUUAUGCGGAUGACGCAAACUCUGAAAGCAGCUCCAGUAAUGGCGCUGACUUAUAUGACUUUGACAUGGAGUCAGAUACAUCAUCUGAAACGAAUAGCAAUUCAAUGUCGAUAUCUGAAGAGCGUGGAAAUGACACUGGUUGUUUAAACGGCAAAUAUCCAGUAAAACAAUUGUAUUCAGGAACCCUUGUAAGUGAUGACAGCUCCAUUGGUGAACAGGGCUGCAAUGCUGCAGGUAUUGCCAGUGGUGAAUCUGACUUAUCUGGCUGCGACAUAGAGUCAGAUACAUCAUCUAAAACGUCUUCUCUGGAAAUUCUGAGACCUGACGAGGAGGUAUAUGAAUCAGAUGUGAUGGCGGAGAUGGAACAUGGACCUGAGAAAUGGAUGCGGGAACAGGAACAAGAUCGUUCAGGGUUAAAGGUCACAAAGCCAUCCAUGAAAGGAAGGUGUCAACUAACAUUAUCCCAAACAAAAUACGAUGCUGAGAUUUUUCUUGCCUCACCUGCCCAAUGGCAAUGGUCCUAA